AUAGAAGAAUAGAUUCUUACUCAUCGCAUCAUUUUCUCAUGCACGGACACAUACCCUACGAUCGUAUAUCUCCAUAGCUUACUGUGCUUUUAUCAAAUUCUAGCAGAUUCUGGAUCGCAAGGUCCAAAGGCUUUUCCAAACCAUCCAACCAGCCCCUAAAUCUGUCACGUCUCAGCUUUUUGUUUGACUCUUUCCGACAACCUAAAGACCCAGUUCAUCUUCCUGUUGUGUACCGAGUCCAGUUCCCAUCGCAUCCAAAAUUCGUCUAUUCCUCUCUCUCCCUACCAUCCCAACAGUCUCUAACUCAUACUUACUCCCAUAUCUGUGACCCACGUGUUGUCACAAAGAGAAACAAUCAGCCGCCGGCUGUCUUGUUGGUGAACAAAAAGAUAUCACGCUGACGGUCGGUCUACCGACAUAUCCAUUGCUGCAAACGUCACUUUCUCUUCAUCUCGAGUACGGCCCUUCAUUUGGCCUCCUCAUCGCCUCAAAUCCCUGCCUUACCUAGUCCUCGUGUUGCACACGUUACGCGGACUGCGUUCAAGCACCAUUGAUAUCUAGGAAGUAUCAAGUUGUCGUAAACGCUCUAAGCAUUUCAGUCCUUCCCUCAGCGUGCCCCACCCGCCCGCUGUCCGCCUCAUUCACCUCUCAGUAUCUAUUUUUUCUCGAGAUAGGUUAUCUCUAACCGCUGAAGCUGUCCUUUUUCUUUACUUCAAAUUCCCAAAAUUCCGUAACUCAGGCUGAGGAUAUCUGUCACGAAGCUGGUGUUAGAAUCAAAUUUGAUAGGCCCAUCAUGAAUUUUUAUGGAAAGAACGAAGAUGCUGUCGAUUUCGGUGGUGAAAUGGAUUACUCCGGUCACCAAUGGUUCCAAGAACCCCCGCCCAGACCAGAGCCUCAACCCGUCGCACCUCCCGUCGAACAUUAUGCUCCUGGAUCCGAUGUGAUCGCUCGGAAUGAUGAUUUCAUUUUUGCACUCAGAGCAGCUACAAAUGUCCUUUAUGGUCGCUUCAAACAAUAUGGCCAACUGGGCGUAUUAGCAUGGUGUUCUGAAUUUGGCGAAAUGAUCGACAGUCUCAAAGAAUUGGGUUUCCAGGGUAACAUGUUCAUAACGACCCGGACACAAGCACUCAGAACGUGUGAAGAGAUACUCAGGCUAAAGCUUGAUAUCAAGAUGCAGAUUAUCUUAAUGUAUCUCUCAUCACAAGUGGCGCGACUGCGUCGCUUCCUUGAUGGUGAACGAAUGUGGGAUGACUAUCCAGCGCCUGAAUUUCCUCUUGACUAUCGUACCUAUGGUUCAUGAUUUAUGACCUAGUUGCAAAGUUCUAUUUGUGAUAUUUGCUCCUUAUGGCAUUUUCUUUCUAAUCUUCUUGGUUGUUCUUAUGAUAGUAACGCCCAUGUCUUGUAUACCGGUGGUGGAAGGCGUAGGACUCACGGUUUAAAAUGAUCGACCUCGACUCCAACUUGAUCUGAUCUGAUUGCCACUCAGACAAUCGACAAUGGACGCAUCGACGACAGCACAAGACUGCGUGUAUGUUGACAUAUAUCACAUAGUCUUUAUGAAUUCCUAUUAUCAUUUUAUUCUCCAUGAUCCUCAUCUACCAAAAGUACUACCAUAUUCCAUUUACAUAAUACCUUUUCUCAUGCUUU